GGAGAAACCGAGAAAUCCAUGGUAGUUGAUAUGGGAACAAACGCUCCUUAUUGUUCUCUUGACACUUGUUGUAUGAUCCCCAUCAACUCAAUUUGCAUUUUUAUCUUCAAGUUUUCCGACGAACAGAACGGCAAUGGUUCAUCAAUGCCGUCUCCCCACAACUCCAACAUCUUCUCCUACCUUUAGCCAUGGUUGCAUUGCUAAUAAAACUUUCUGGAAUCCAUCAACUUCAUUAUCUUGUUUUCGACCCAGAUCCACACGUGGAAGAGUAGCAAUUAGCUGUGAAUUAACUGAGGAGAAGACGCCGAAAUCGCAGCCAUACCCUGGCGGAAUGGGUCCUUACACUGGAAGAGAUCCCAACCUGAAGAAGCCGGAAUGGCUGAGGCAGAAGGCUCCACAGGGGAAGAAGUACCUUGAGGUGAAGGAGACACUGUCCGGUCUCAAGCUACAUACUGUGUGCGAGGAAGCGCAGUGUCCCAACAUCGGCGAGUGCUGGAAUGGAGGCGGAGACGGCAUUUCCACUGCCACAAUCAUGCUCCUCGGAGACACCUGCACCCGCGGUUGCAGAUUCUGCGCUGUAAAGACCAGUCGAAAUCCAGCUCCUCCAGAUCCCCUGGAGCCUUUUCACACUGCGCAAGCUGUUGCCAGCUGGGGUGUGGACUAUAUUGUCUUGACCAGCGUAGAUCGAGAUGAUUUACCUGACGGUGGAAGUGGCCACUUUGCUGAAACUGUAAGGACCUUGAAGAUAUUUAAGCCCACAAUUAUGGUUGAGUGCUUAACAUCUGAUUUUCGAGGGGACCUGGAUGCUGUAGCAACUCUAGUUAACUCUGGUUUGGAUGUCUUUGCCCACAACAUUGAGACUGUGAAACGACUUCAACGUAUAGUUAGAGAUCCUAGAGCUGGGUACGAGCAGAGCUUGUCUGUCCUUAAACAUGCAAAGCUGUCCAAGGAUGGAAUGGUAACCAAAACUUCGAUCAUGCUGGGGUUGGGUGAAACUGAUAAUGAGAUAAAGGAAGCCAUGGCUGAUUUACGGGCCAUAGAUGUUGACAUUUUGACAUUUGGGCAGUAUUUGCAGCCAACUCCAUUACACCUCACUGUUAAAGAAUUUGUAACUCCUGAGAAGUUCGCAUUCUGGAAAGACUAUGGGGAGUCUAUUGGGUUCCGAUAUGUUGCCAGUGGCCCCCUGGUUCGAUCUUCCUAUCGCGCUGGAGAACUUUAUGUCCAGAAUCUGGUGAAGGAAAGAACCAAACAUACUUCGGCAGUGUGAAAGUAGGUUUAAGGAACAUACAAAAGUUUAUAUUGAAGAUUGAUUUCAAUCAUUUCAUUCUUUGAGAUGAAGUCAAGGCAUGUACAACUUAUAAGUUAUAACUCAUGAAAUCAUAGUUAUACUUUUAAAUUUGUUUGUUAAUGUAGCUAAAUGUAUACCAUACUUGUUUAUUAAUAAUAUCUUCCAAUCGUUAUGUCGUGGGAGCGACCCAUCUUGGGCAUCCUACUCUCUCACCUAAAACGACGUAGUAGUAACUAACAUUUAAUUUUAAA